GAGUUUAAAAAUAUAUAUAUACACCCCUUCAAUAGUGUACCAUUCUUAAAUUUCCUCCAGCGGUUACUGGAGUUAAGCCUAGGAAUAAUCGUUCACGUUGGAAGGGGGUGGUGUAAUUUUUAAGUUAAAGAAUGCUAGCAAAUUUAAAAUAACCACAAAGUAAAAUACAUAUAUUAUUUUUAAGGUUUGCCGGUAAGACAUAUAAUUUUAGUUUUUUUGUCGCUGCUGCAACUUCUAUAAGAAAAAAACAUUAUGUCAGUGGCAUUUGCAGCUCACAGACAGCGGGGAAAGGGCGACAUCACACCGGCAGCUAUUCAGAAGUUGCUUGAUGAAAACAAUCAUCUUAUCCAGUGUAUAAUGGACUUCCAGAGCAAAGGAAAAACUGCAGAGUGCUCACAGUAUCAGCAGAUGUUGCACAGAAAUUUAGUCUACCUGGCUACAAUAGCAGACUCCAAUCAGAAUAUGCAGUCCCUCCUGCCUGCUAAAUCUGACUCACCCACCACAGAGAUAAAGCAUGAACCUCCUUCACAGAACAUGGCUAUGGGUCCAGGGGGCAUGAAUCAAGGUGGCCCACCCCAGUCCCCGCAUGGUCACAGCAUGCCCCCAGAAGGAAUGGUUAGUGGAGGACCCCCUGCCUCUCACAUGCAGAACCAGAUGAACGGACAGAUGCCUGGACCCAAUCACAUGCCCAUGCAAGGACCUGGACCAAACCAGCCUAAUAUGCCAAACAGCUCCAUGAACAUGCCACCUAACAGCCAUGGAUCAAUGGGAGGCUACAACCAUUCCGUCCCAUCCUCACAGAGCAUGCCUGUACAGAACCAGAUUAAUAUGAAUCAAGGACAGCCUAUGAGUAACUACGGCCCUCGACCAAACAUGAAUAUGCAGCCUAACCAAGGUCCUAUGAUGCACCAACAGCCACCUUCUCAACAGUACAGCAUUCCUCAGGGAGGCGGGCAGCAUUACCAGGGCCAACAGAACCCUAUGGCAAUGAUGGCCCAGGUCAGCCAAGGCAACCAUGUAAUGGGACAGAGACCAAUGCCUCCGUACAGACCGCCACAGCAAGGUCCUCCUCAGCAAUAUGCUGGCCAGGAGGAUUAUUAUGGGGAGCAGUACAGUCAUGGUGCACAAGGCCCUCCAGAAGGUCUUAAUGAUUACGGUUAUCAGCAACCAUCGUAUCCUGAACAAGGCAACGAUAGGCCUUAUGAGGAUUCCUCACAACAUUACUUCGAAGGAGGUAAUUCACAGUAUACCCAACAGCAGGAAGCCUAUCAGCAAGGACCCCCACAGCAGCAAGGCUAUCCACCUCAGCAGCAGCAGCAGUAUCCAGGCCAGCAAGCUUACCCAGGGCAGCAGCAAGGCUAUGGUCCAUCCCAGGGCACCCCAGGACAGUAUCCCAGCUACUCCCAAGGGCAGGGCCAGCAGUAUGGGGGUUACAGACCUCCUCAGCCUGGCCAGCCGCAGCAGCAGAGGCCUUAUGGAUAUGAUCAGGGGCAAUAUGGGAAUUACCAGCAGUGAGGUACAAUAGUUACAUUCCAUGAGCCAGAGUCUCCUAGCAGCCAUGUUCAGCCCUCAGGACUGGAAUAAUUCCAGUAAUGAGAAUCACUCAUUCACCCCUUUCUGUUUUGAAUUUGCAUAAUGACUGCUGCAUUUUCUGCAGUCGUCUUUGUACUAAGUAAUAUAAGGUUUUUGCAAAUAUCAAGCUAUCUGUUUCAACACUCUGACUACAGUUUGUGGCUCUGAACAAAAACAAAAUACAAGCACUGUGUAAGCUAAAGUUUAAAUGAAGUUCAAUGCUUUGUAAAGUGAAAUUAAUAGUCAGUUCGCUGACAUAGUAAAUCAGUCAACGUGUUUACCCAAGGCAGGUAAACUCAAUGUUACAAGGUCUAAGUCUUCAUGGUAAUCCCAUUUAAAUAGUUUUUUUUUUUCAUGUGUAUAUGUAUCUAUAAUCAAACUAAAAUGAACCCCACUAAAGUAUGGGGAUGUAGUGACAUGUAUAGAAUCAAACACAUUAAUCUCACAGCAGUAAUGCCUUAAGUGUAGUACAAGAGAUACUGUUUUAAUUGACCAAUUCUUUUAAACUUUUUUUUUUUUUUUUUGCUCAGUCAAACUGCCUUAUUUCUUUUAUUUCAGAUUCUGUGAAACAUUUGCAUGAAUAAACAAACGUUGAAAGAAAAAAAAAAAAAACAUACCACCAGGAUUUUUGGUUAUUUACAGCCCUUCAAGCAAUGUCUUAUAAAGCAAUAAUGGUGUGGGGGAAUAAUAUUAAGUUUAUCUUGCAUUAAGUACAGUAGCUUAAUAGAUAGCAAAAACAUUUAACGCCCAGCUUUGUGUUUUCCUGCCUUUGGACAACCUAGUAUUAUACUGUAUGAAGGGGGAACUGCAGAACAUUGUCAAAAAAAGGUAAAGGAGAGUAUUUUAGGUUUUUGUAAAAAAAAAAAAAAAAGAAAGGAAAAAAAAAAAGAAUAUCUCGGUGUCCGGCAUUGUGCAUUUAAACUAAGAACUAGCCCAAAUCUUGAUUCUAAUGCAGUUCUUGGGUGAGUGUGGGGGUGGGGGGUGCAUUGCGGUACACUUAUAUUUUAAGUGUGUACAGUUUGCUCAAAUGUCAGUACUAUUGUAUCCAGGACCACCAGCGCUUGUAGGUGCCAUGACAACUACCACCACUGUGUGUGUUUCAGUUGUUUCUUUGUUUGUUUUUUCCAUUACUUGUAAAGCUGUACAUCACUGGAUUUUAGAAGAAAAAUAAAUUAUUGUGAUUUUCA